AUGGAAGAGUACUUUACAAAGUUAAUUGUUGUUGGAGUUUUUUCAUGGGCAACAACAUUUCUUGUAGUGAGAAAAAUGUUUCGAAAACGUUCAUUUGAUUUCUGCAACAGAAUUGUUUCUACAAUUCAUGCAAUUCUAGCGGUAACGUUAACUACUUUAUCGGUCCAAGAUUGGAAAUGUCCACUUUGUCCUAUGGCAGCAACUUCUUCCCACAAACAGAUGCAAGUUCUUGCGGUGAGUCUUUCAUAUAUGAUUUACGAUCUAGUUUGUUGUUUAUUCGACAAAAAAACCAAUUUGGAUAAUACUGUCCAUCAUUUGGUAAGCAUUGUUGGACUCGUAGCUGGUCUCUGCUAUCAAAAGUGUGGCUCAGAGAUGGUAGGGGCAGUUUGGGUAACAGAAAUGUCAAGCCCAUUUUUACAUUUGAGAGAACUUUUAAAGGAACUUGGUUAUAAGGACACUGCCCUUAAUUUGACUGCUGAUAUUCUAUUUGCUUCAAUAUUUACAUUUGCUAGGAUGAUGAUUGGACCAUGUAUCACUUACAUAACAAUAACUUCCAAUAAUCCAUUACUCAUAAAGGCAAUGGGAUUGGGUUUGCUGCUUGUAAGUACAUUCUGGUUCUUGAAAAUUGUAAGAAUGAUGAAGUACAAAUUGAGCAAAAAAUCAACAUCCAAAAAUGACAUCAAGAAAAGCAACAGCAUGAGAAACAAGACAGCUAGCUAG